AUGAUUCAUGCUGCGAUCAUAUUCAGCGUGAUUAUAUCCAGCUUUUACGUACAUACAUUCACUUUCACUUUUCUUCUUCAGUUUGCCUUUUACUUCUCUCACUCUCACUUCGUUCUUUCACUUUCUUUUACUUUCCUUUUACUUUCUUCAGUUUGCCUUUUCUUCUCUCACUCUUCUUCGUUCUUUCACUUUUACUUCUUCAGUUUGCCUUUUACUUCUCUCACUCUUAUUUCGUCACUUUCACUUUUACUUCUUCAGUUUGUCUUUUACUUCUCCCACUCUCACUUCGUUCUUUCACUUUCACUUUUACUUCUUCAGUUUGCCUUUUACUUCUCUCACUCUCACUUCGUUCUUUCACUUUCACUUUUACUUCUUCAGUUUGCCUUUUACUUCUCUCACUCUCAUUUCGUUCUUUCACUUUCACUUUUACUUCUUCAGUUUGUCUUUUACUUUUCUCACUCUCACUUUCUUUCAUUUUCACUUUUCUGCUCUCAUUUUCACUUUCCUUCUUUCAUUUUCAUUCUCCUUCAUUCAUUUUUACUUUUCGUGACGGCAGCCAUUGAUGAAGAGUUAAUCAAAUGUUGCUUUUACUGGAUACUUCCGGUGAUUGUCACACUUCGUAAAUAUAUUCUUUUCUUUUUUACCGAUCAUUAUUUUCUUUCUUUAUUUUAUGUCAUUUCUUUCUUUUUUUUUUCUCUUUUUCUAUUCCUAAAUAACAUCUGUAUUCUUUCUAUUCGUCUUCCGAUUCUUCCCCCUUCCUUCCUUCCUUCCUUCCAUCUUCCCUUCUUUUGCGCCUUCCUUCCUUCUCUCCCUCCCUCCUUACAUCCUUCCUUCCCUCUCUCCUUUCUUCCUCCCUUCCUUACCUCCAUCCUUCCUUUCAUCCUUCUUCCCUUCUUUCGCGCCUUCCUUCCUUCCCUCCUUCCUUCUUUCCCUCCUUCCUUCCCUUCUUCCUUCCUGCCCUCCUUCCCAUCCUUCCUUUCAUCCUUCUUCCCUUCUUUCGCGCCUUCCUUCCUUUCUUCCCUCCCUCCUUUCUUCCUCCCUUCCUUCCUUCCUUCCUUCCUUUCUUCCUUCCCUCCCUCCUUUCUUCCUCCCUUGCUUCCUUCCUGCCCCUUCCCAUUCUUCCUUUCAUCCUUCUUUCGCGCCUUCCUUUCUUCCCUCCCUCCUUUCUUUCUCCCUUCUUUCCUUCCUUCCUUCAUUUCUUCCUUCCUGCCCAUUCCCAUUCUUGCUUUCAUCCUUCUUCCCUUCUUUCGCGCCUUCCUUCCUAUCUUCCAUCCCUCCUUUCUUCCUCCCUUCCUUACUUCUUUCCUUCCUACUUCUUUCCUUCCUUCCUUCCUUCCUUCCUUCCUUCCUUCCUUCCUUUCCUUCUUCUUUCCUGCACUCCUUACAUCCUUUCUUUCUUCCUUCUUCCCUUCUUUCGCGCCUCCCUUCCUUCAUACCUUUCCUUCCCUCUCUUAUUCCUUCCUCCCUCCCUUUCCUUUCUCACCUCCUUCAUUACUCCACUCCUUCCUCCCCUCUUUCCCCUCCUUCCUUCUUUCUUUCCUUCCUAAAUUUCAUUCUUCCCUAUCUUCUAGCCUUAUUUCAUUUGCCAGUUAUUUAUUUCUUCUUUCAAUUCUCCUUCUUUCAUUAUUUUCUUUCGUUUAUUUACACUCUUUUUUUUCUCCCUCGUUUAAACUUUCUCUUUUUGUUCGUUUCUUUCUCCCUUCAUUUUUUUUCCAUUCCUCAAAUUCAUCUUUUUCAUUUUUAUUCCUUUCUUUCAUUUUUCUUCUUCUUUCUUUCACACUUCUUCUCAAAUUCUUUAUUAUUCACCUACGCACUCCGUUGUUUGCAUUUAUUUUCCUUUUUCAGCUUUUUCAUUCUUACUUGUCUCAAUCCUUUAUUAAUUCAUUUUUCAGUCUUCUUUCCUCAAUUGUUUUUUUCCUUCUUUUCAGUAUUUUUAUUCACGUACAUAUUCCUCGUUUUACAUUUGCUUUUCCGCUUUUAUUUAUUCCUUUUUCCUUCCUUCUCUCCUCAUCGUUUUUAUUUCUUCCCUUGAUAAUUUCUUUCACGUUCCUUUAUUCAUCAACCACUAACAUAAUUCCCUUUCGGGAAAGGGAUCGAGAGAGAAACAAUACCUCCCUAUUCCCUCUGCUCUCUCUCUCUCUCUCUCUCUCUCUCUCUCUCUCUCUCUCUCUCUUUAUGCAUGCACACACUACUCGAUCCCGAUUAAAAAAUCAUAUCUAUCUAUCUAUCUAUCUAUCUAUCUAUCUAUCUAUCUAUCUAUCUAAGUGUCUUCAUAUCUCUCUAUCUAUCUCGCUUUUACCCAUAUCUAUAUCUGUUAAUAUUUUUCUAUCGAUAUCACUUCCUAUCUAUCUAUCUAUCUAUCUAUCUAUCUAUCUAUCUAUCUAUCUAUCUAUCUGUUCAUAUCUAUCUCAGUCUUUUCACUGUCUGUCUUUCUUUCUAUCUAUCUAUCUACCUAUCUAUCUAUCUAUCUAUCUAUCUAUCUAUCUCGGUCUCUUCACAUACACCUAUCCCAGUCUCUUCACAUCUAUCUAUCUAUCUAUCUAUCUAUCUAUCUAUCUAUCUAUCUAUCUAUCUAUCUAUCUCACUUUAUUCAUUCACGUUCCCCUACUCUUUCUGUCUAUACCCCCUCCCCGAAGACAAAUGGACUACAUGGACCUGAGCCGAAUAACCAUGGAACCAGUUUUUUGCUACCAACGCAUGAUGGUAGUGGACUGCUCCUUACUCCCUUCUUCUCUUGCUUUGUAUGCCUUUCUUUCAGUUUGUGUUUUUCUUUCUUUCUUUCUUUCUUUCUUUCUUUCUUUCUUUCUUGUGUUUUACGAUUUUUUUUCAUUUCCUUCUAUGCUUUUCUCUCUUGAUCACUCUUGCUCUAUUUCUUUCUAUGUCUCUCUAUCUAUCUAUCUAUCUAUCUAUCUAUCUAUCUAUCUAUAUAUAUAUAUAUAUAUAUAUAUAUAUAUAUAUAUAUAUUAUGUUUUUUUGUCGUUUGGUAUCAACUUUCGCUUCCUUGACCUUUCUCGCUAUUCUUCACUUUCCCUAUAUUUAAUUUUUUUUUCUUAUUUUCUCUUUCUCUUUUACUCUCUCUCUCUCUCUCUCUCUCUCUCUCUCUCUCUCUCUCUCUCUCUCUCUCUCUCUUACAAGAUGGCUUUACUACAUUUUAUGGGCCGACACCGAUUAAAAAAAUCAUAUCAUAUCUAUCUAUCUAUCUAUCUAUCUAUCUAUCUAUCUAUCUAUCUCUUUAAGUCUCUUCAUACCUCUCUAUCUAUCUGA